AUGACCGAAACCGUCCGCCCAGCAUUCGCAGGCCGCGAGCGCCCUCUCCUCAGCUACGGCAUCGCCUUUCCCACCGCAGCCGCCCACCACGUCACCGAGACCUUUGGUGCCUCGCGAGUCUACGUGAUCUGCUCAGGAUCUCUGGCUCGGAAUACUGAUGCCGUGGAUAGAUUGACUACGGCAUUGGGUGCGGAGAAGGUCGUGGGUCAUCGGAUUGGAAUGCAGAGUCAUACGCUUUGGUCGGAGGUCUUGGAGAUUGUGGAGGAGGCAAGAAGUGUACAGGCGGAUUUGUUGUUGACUCUAGGAGCGGGAAGUUUGACGGAUGGAGCCAAGAUUAUUGCUUUGGCCCUCGCAAACCAAGUCCAAACCCCAUCGAACCUCGAAUCCCUCGCCGAAGGCCCCAACAAACGCCCUCAGAUCAAUCCACCUACCAUCCCCAUAAUCUCCGUCCCAACUUCCCUCUCCGCAGGCGAAUACUCCAAUUUCGCCGGUGGCACCGAGGACAAUUCCCGCCGCAAAUACAGCUUCCAAGCACCCCUCCGCGGACCCCAACUCAUCAUCCUCGACCCCGAACUCGUCGAGACCACGCCAGACUCGAUCUGGUUGAGUACCGGUAUUCGCGCAGUGGAUCACUGCGUGGAGACGCUUUGCGCAGUUGUGGGCGUGACUCCGUCGUCGGAUGAACUUGCGGAACAUGCCUUGGGACUAUUGGUUCCCGGUUUAUUGAGGUGUAAGAGGGAUCGUGGCGAUAGAGAGGCGCAUUUACAGUGUCAGUUGGGAUCGGUGGAUGCGAUGGCUGCUUGUACGAGUGGAUCUGUGGAAUUGGGUGCCAGUCAUGGGAUUGGACAUCAGCUCGGUCCCUUGGGCGUUGGACACGGCGAGACAAGUUGCAUCUUGCUCCCCGCCGUGUGCAAGUUCAAUGCAAAGCACAACGCCAAUCGCGAGCGACAGGCGCGCGUGCGCGAGUUCCUCAUCCGUGAUCCCGUCGUCGCUGAGGUUCUACGCUCUCACUCGAUUAACGUGGAGAACUCGGAUUUAGGCGAUAUCUUGGAUACGGUGAUUCGCGAGUUGGGCAUGCCGCGGUCUCUUGGGGAUGUGGGGGUGGGUCGUGACAAGUUGGAUGCCCUCGCAGAACACAGUCUACACGACCGAUGGUGUCAGACUAAUCCCGUCCCGUUGAAGCAGAAGGAGCAAGUGCUGGAGAUCCUAGAGAUGGUGGUUUAA